AUGGAAGGGAAGAUACAGUCUGGGGUUGCUGGCAGGUACCUUGCCCUUUUAGGCAAUGGAAGGGCUAAAGCCCUAAACCCUAAACCCUCGUUUCUCGCUAACGCACUUGAGCCUCAUCCAACCGAAACUUUCAAUGGCCGGGACUUGACAUUUCAACGACAUCGACGACGACAGUCUUCCGCACCACCCAUCACCAACACCCCGUCGUCAACGAUCGAGAUGGCGAAGGAACGCUCCGGUAUCAUCCUCGGCUUGAACAAAGGCCAUAAAACCACUGCCAACACUACCAAGCCCCGAAUCUCACGGACAAAGGGCCAUCUUUCCCGCCGCACUAAGUUCGUCCGUGAUAUCAUCAAGGAAGUCGCCGGUCUUGCCCCAUAUGAGCGCCGUGUCGUUGAACUGCUGAGAAACGCCCAAGACAAGCGAGCACGGAAGCUCGCGAAGAAGCGGCUCGGGACCUUCGGUCGCGCCAAGAGAAAGGUGGACGAGAUGCAAGAAGUUAUCGCCGAGGCCAAGAGAGCCGGCCACUAA